AUGGCGCGGAAGAUGCAAGGAGGUGGUGGUGGUGGAGAUCCUUUUAACUCUGGUGGUCCUUUUGGUGGCCCUUUCGGUGGUUCUGGAGGCUCUUUUGGUGGUGAUUCCGGUGGUCCGUUUGGUGGAUAUGAUGGCCCUAAUGGUCCUCCAAAACUGGUGUCGAACAUCUUCGGAGGAAGAGAUCCGUUCAACGACCCUUUUUUCACGCAGCCUUUUGGUGGCGGCCUGAUGUCUCAGCAGAGCUUGCUUGGUCCCAGCAUGAUGUCUCAGCAGAGCUUGCUUGGUCCCAGCAUGAUGUCUCAGCAGAGCUUGCUUGGUCCCAGCAUGAUGCCUCAGCAGAGCUUGCUUGGUCCCAGCACGAUGCCUCAGCAGAGCUUGCUUGGUUCCAGCAUGAUGUCUCCGCAGAGCUUGCUUGGUCCCAGCACGAUGCCUCAGCAGAGCUUGCUUGGUCCCAGCGUGAUGUCUCAGCAGAGCUUGCUUGGUCCCAGCGUGAUGUCUCAGCAGAGCUUGCUUGGUCCCAGCAUGGAUCCUUUCGCAGGAAUGCGUCCUCCAUCUGGUUUCAUUGAGAAUCAUCAGCCACCUCCACCACCACAACAGCCGAGGAUAUCGCGUGGACCGAUUAUCGAAGAGAUUGAUACAGAUGAUGAGAAGGAAGGAGGAGAACGAGUGAAGAAAGGAAGUCUAGGGAAACAUGGCAGGUCAAGCAGUGAGGCGGAAGCUGAAGCGGCUAGAGCGGAAGAGAUGAGGAACAGAGAAAUGAGAAACAUGUAUGCGAACGUUAUGGCGAACAAUGGACAGAUGAAUGUGAACGCUAUGACGAGCAAUGGACCGAUGAAUGUGAACUCUAUGGCGAACAAUGGACUGAUGAAUGUGAACGCUAUGGCGAACAAUGGACAGAUGAAUGUGCACGCUGUGGCGAACAAUGGACCGAUGAAUGUGAACGCUAUGGCGAACAAUGGACAGAUGGAUGUGACCGCUAUGGUGAACAGUGGAGAGUGGCAACCACAAACUAGUAGCUACAGUUUCCAGAGCUCGGAGGUGACAUACGGUGGUCACGACGGGCACUACUAUGCUUCAUUGAAGACCAGAAGGGUAGGAAGCGAUGGGUUAACCUAUGAAGAAAGGAAAGAAGCAAACACUGCGACACGCGAGGCUGCGGAGAGGGUUUCAAGAGGCCUUCACAACAAGGGCCACACUGUUGCGCGUAAGCUGAACUCAGAUGGUCGUGUUGAUACAACGCAGACCUUGCACAAUCUGAACGAAGGUGGUCUUGUGAACAGAGACCAACCAAUGUUGCUUCCUUCGACUGAUCCAAGCCCUUCUCGUGCACGAGCAGGGUCAUCCAAAAGAAGCAAGACUGCAAGAGGAAAUGGCAGAAACUAA